AGGUUCACUUCCGGUGGUCGCCAAGUUGGUGCGUUUCCACGCUUCGACCCUUGACGGCUCAUCGCGCAUGCGCUGCGGCCCCGUCUCACUAGCGGCAGCGAAGGAGUUUGGAAGUUCAAAAUGGCCGCCGCGGUGGAGUCUGUGCUGCGGGAGCCCGAAAUUGAAGAUGCUGAUAUUUCUGAGAGAAGUAUCAAUGAAGAAAAUGGGGAAAUAUCAGAAGGAGACCAACCUCAGAAUAAGCACAGCCGACACAAAAAAAAGAAGCACAAACACCGAAGUAAACACAAGAAACACAAACAUUCUUUGGAAGACGACAAGGACAAAAAACAUAAACACAGGCACAAACAUAAGAAACAUAAACGGAAAGAGGUUGUUGAUGCCUCUGACAAAGAAGAUGGACCAGCAAAAAGAACUAAAAUCGAUUUCUUAGCUCCUCUAGAAGAUUUGGAGAAACAAAGAGCAUUAUUAAAAGCUGAACUCGAGAAUGAGUUAAUGGAAGGAAAGGUUCAAUCUGGGAUGGGGUUAAUACUACAAGGUUAUGAGUCAGGUUCUGAAGAAGAGGGAGAAAUCAAUGAAAAGGUGCGAAAUGGCAAUAGGUCUUCAACUAAAUCAUCAAACACUAAGGGAAAACUAGAGCUUGUAGACAAUAAAACAAGUUCCAAAAAAGCAAGUAAGAAUGAAUCAAAAGAAAGGACGAGGCACAGAUCUGAUAAAAAGAAAAAUAAGAUAGGAAUUGAUGGAGUGAAAGAGAAAACAACUAGAAGCAAAUCAAAAGAGAGGAGAAAAUCAAAAAGCCCAUCUAAAAGAACUAAGUCUCAAGAUCAAACAAGGAAAUCAAAGUCUCCAACUCUUAAAAGGAGAUCUCAAGAGAAAAAUAGAAAGUCUAAGUCUCCUCCAGAGGAUAAGAAUAAAGCAGAUGAUAAGAGUAAAGCAAGAGAUCGCAGAAGGUCUCCAGUUGUAAAUGAAAGCAAAAGUCGAGAUCGUGGCAAAAAAUCCAAAUCUCCAGUAGAACUAAGAAGCAAAUCCAAAGACAGAAGGUCACGAUCAAAAGACAGGAAAUCAAGGAGAUUGGAGACUGACAAAGAGAAGAAGCAAAUUAAAUCUCCUUCUAAAGAUGCUUCUUCAGGGAAAGAAAACAGGUCUCCUAGUAGAAGGCCUGGCCGCAGCCCUAAAGGAAGAAGCUUAUCUCCAAAACGUGAUAAAUUGCGAAGAAGCAGGUCUCCUCUUCUUAAUGAUCGCAGAUCAAAACAGAGUAAAUCUCCCUCUCGAACACAGUCUCCUGGCAGAAGAGCAAAGAGUAGGUCAGCAGAAAGGAAACGAAGAGAGUCAGAAAGGAGACGUCUUUCUUCUCCAAGAACCCGACUUAGAGAUGAUAUUCUCUCUAGACGGGAGAGAUCAAAAGAAGCCAGCCCACUGAGAUGGUCACCAUCCAGAAGAAGAUCUAGGUCUCCCAUCCGAAGGAGAUCUCGUUCACCACUCCGACGUAGCCGGUCUCCAAGAAGGAGAAGCAGGUCCCCUAGAAGGAGUAUAUUUCUUCUGUUCAACAGGGAUAGAGGUCGGAGAAGUAGAUCUCGACUUAGAAGGAGAUCUAGAUCACGUGGUGGUCGUAGACGUAGGAGUAGAAGCAAAGUUAAGGAAGAUAAGUUUAAAGGAAGUCUUUCUGAAGGCAUGAAAGCUGAGCAGGAAUCCUCAUCUGAUGAGAACCUUGAAGAUUUUGACGUAGAAGAAGAAGAUGAAGAAGCACUGAUAGAGCAGAGAAGAUUGCAGAGACAAGCAAUUGUCCAGAAAUACAAGUACCUGACUGAAGACAGUAACAUGUCUGUGCCAUCUGAACCAAGCAGUCCGCAGAGCAGCACACGUAGUCGUUCAAAUUCACCAGAUGACAUUCUAGAACGUGUAGCUGCUGAUGUUAAAGAGUAUGAACGGGAAAAUGUUGAUACGUUUGAGGCCUCUGUAAAAGCCAAACACAACCUCAUGACAGUUGAACAGAAUAAUGGCUCAGCUCAAAAGAAGCUCUUAGCUCCUGACAUGUUCACAGAAUCGGAUGAUAUGUUUGCUGCAUACUUUGAUAGUGCUCGUCUUAGAGCUGCUGGCUUUGGAAAAGACUUCAAAGAAAAUCCCAACCUCAGGGAUAACUGGACUGAUGCUGAAGGCUAUUAUCGUGUUAACAUAGGUGAAGUUCUAGAUAAACGUUACAAUGUUUAUGGUUACACUGGCCAGGGAGUUUUCAGUAAUGUAGUGCGAGCCAGAGAUAUGGCGAGAGCAAACCAAGAAGUAGCUGUCAAAAUAAUCAGGAAUAAUGAACUUAUGCAAAAAACUGGUCUCAAAGAACUGGAAUUUUUGAAGAAGCUCAAUGAUGCAGAUCCUGAUGACAAAUUUCAUUGUUUGCGAUUGUUCAGGCAUUUUUAUCACAAACAGCACCUCUGUCUGGUAUUUGAACCACUCAGUAUGAAUUUACGAGAGGUACUGAAAAAGUAUGGAAAGGAUGUCGGUCUUCACAUUAAAGCUGUACGAUCCUACAGCCAGCAGUUGUUCCUGGCAUUAAAACUGCUUAAAAGAUGUAACAUCCUACAUGCUGAUAUUAAACCAGACAAUAUUUUGGUGAACGAAUCUAAAACUAUAUUAAAACUUUGUGAUUUUGGAUCAGCUUCACAUGUUGCCGAUAAUGACAUCACACCGUAUCUUGUCAGUAGAUUUUAUCGAGCUCCUGAAAUUAUUAUAGGCAAAAUCUAUGACUACGGUAUAGAUAUGUGGUCUGUAGGCUGCACGUUAUAUGAACUUUAUACAGGAAAAAUACUGUUUCCUGGCAAAACCAAUAACCAUAUGUUGAAACUUGCCAUGGACCUCAAAGGAAAGAUGCCAAACAAGAUGAUACGAAAAGGUGUGUUCAAAGAUCAACACUUUGAUCAAAAUCUCAACUUCAUGUAUAUAGAAGUAGACAAAGUAACAGAAAGGGAAAAAGUAACUGUCAUGAGCACCAUUAAUCCAACCAAGGACCUAUUAGCAGACUUGAUUGGUUGCCAACGACUCCCUGAAGAUCAGCGGAAAAAAGUACAUCAGCUAAAGGACUUGUUGGACCAGAUCCUAAUGUUAGACCCAGCCAAACGGAUUAGCAUCAACCAGGCUCUACAACACGCCUUCAUCCAGGAAAAAAUUUAAAUCCAAUGAAGAAGUUCAAAGGGUUUGAGUAGUUAAGAUACAAAGACUGAAGAAAUUUCACAGCAGUUUAUUAAUGUAUAUAAACAUAAAUAUUUCCCCUGCAAAGUUGAGGAAGAAUGAUAUAUUUGAAUUAACACCAAGGCUGAUAUUUCUUUUAGAAAUGUUAGAGUAAUUCUGUUCGUGUCUUAUGUGAAAAUUUUCACUGUAGAACUGUUUUAAUUGCCAAGACUGCACAAAAGUACAAUGCUAAUGUAUAUGGUUGCAGUUCACAUAUUAUAAAAAAAAAGCUUGUUAUAAAAGAACAGUAAUACUGGGUGGUCGAUUUGUUUUUAGCAGACUUGGCUUCAUUUUUGUCUUUAAAAAAUGGCCAGCAUAAAUGCUGUUUAUAUUCACGUUUUCCUAGGUGUGUGUGUGCAGGCCACAGCAGCAUGCCCUUGGUGUAGUCAGUGCCGAAGGGAAUCUGUUCCUUCUUGAGCCUGCCUGCAGGGAUGGUCUCCUCUUUUAAAGCAGGUUGUGUACAACUUUCAGUACACUGAAGGUAAGCUAAACCAUCAACGUCACCGGUGUUUAAGAUGUUAUUUUAUUGGAACAACUGACAAAUGAGAGACAAUAGCUUUAUGGCAGAAUUCCCUGCAUGUUUGAUAACUGAUGUUGUUUUAUUUUCUGGCAUUGCAACUGUGGCAUAGUUACAACUUAUGUUCUGUUCAUCACAUUUAAAAUUUGGAGAAAGCGCACUUGAUGGAUAGAGCGCCUUCAGUGUACUGUUCUUAUUACUUUAAUUUUUUAAUCAACUUGCUAUAGACUUUGUAUACAUUUUGUUAAAUAUAGUUCACUAUGACAUAGAACCAGUACUUACAGAAGAGUUUUCAUUUACUAAUUACAUAUGUUGAGAUCUGAUUCUGAAAGACCUUAUAUCUAAAGGAUAGAUAGACAACAUAAUGCAAUUUUUAACUAUUUGUAUGUCAUUUUGAAAGUGUACUGCUUUAUGCUAAAAGUGUUUCAUUUGUUCAUUGUUUUCAUUAUUUGUGAUCAUGUUGUCUUUCAAUACAGGCAUAAACCUUCCACUCUUGAACAAAGCAGCUGCUUUUUAAAAGCGGUAAUUGCUUCUUUACCUUUUAUUUCUUUUGUAAAUGAAGCUUUUCUUUAAGAAAUGUGACAGUGUUGUCUCUUGCAUAAAACAGUUGACACUCACUUAUUGUAAAGUGAAGAUUGUUCUGCUGCAUGUAAAGUGGACCAUGCAGAUUUCUGUAUGUUUUCAGUAUGCAUCAUUAGAUAAUAAAGUCUUUUGUGAACAAGGCAUUUGUAGCCAUUUUUAAAAUAUUUUUGUCUUCAGUGCUGGUAAAUCAGGUAAUACAUAAGAAGAAAACCUUCAUUUUUCUGUUAACCCUUUAAUUAAAGGGAUUAUGAUGAUCUUUGGAAGGCAAUAUUAGACUACAUUAAGUAGAUCUCUAAUUAUCAUCAUUGUAAAAAAAAAAGAAAAGAAAAGAAAAGAAAGAAAACUAACCAAAAACCUACAGAUACUGUCUAUCUGCUUUCAUUGUUAUGAAAUUAUUCCUGUAGGAUAUUUGAUUGAAUUCAGGCUUUAACUAAUGUUUAUGCUGUUUUUCUCACUUUUCCUUUUGAUGGUGCUGAAAGAGAGAAAGGAAAGCGAGGCACAGGCCACUCAACGCCUACUCCAUGGGUCUGAUUUGAUGAGACACCAACUUCACCUUCCUAACAAGGCACAUAAUUGCAACAAACAUGCACAUAUAGUGCAAUCAAGGAUAGAAAAUGAGACUAAGCAGUCAUUCUGCUGGUGGGGUGUUCCCCACCAAGGAGAUGUAAUGAACUACGAAGCAGGCAGGUGAUGGGUGAUGUUACAUGCCUAUUUUGAACCUUCAACCUGUCUUUUCUAAGUUUUUAUUUUCAUUUUAAUGAAAAGUAAAUCUGUUCCUACUUCAAUAUACCAAGUUUCUUGUUCAUACAGGAAAUAGAAUGCAGAUUUCUCUCUUACUUGAGAUGAAGAACUAGAUACUUGUUUGUUAAUUCCACACAAAGUAAUUUGCACUGUUUUGGUGAUGCCUAUAGACCUAUCCAGCACUUCCGGUGGCAAUUUUAUGCAGAUGUAGUGAAAUCUUAUUGUUUCUGUUGAUUUUGACCAUUAUUUUGUCUCCCUAUUUAAGAAUAGUGAAAUGAGUUGUCAACUCCAAUAGAAACAAUGCACCUUAUACCUACAGAGCUUUUAAGAACUAUACUAAAGAAGCAUAAAGUUGCUCGUUUACUUGUUCUUUGUGUUGUAGGUGCAGCUCAAAAGAAGAUGAUGACCACCAGAAGACAUGAACAAAGGUUUCUGUCCCAUAAAAGACAUAAAAUAUUUUUCAUGUUAUCUGUCUAAUCUUUCUGUUUACAGCAUUCAGACCUAGGUUUCAUUAGCACUAUUGCAUUAUUGGUAAUUCUAAGAAUAGUCCUGUUGUGCUGGUAUUUAUAUGUAAGACGUGCUUAUUUCAUUUCUGGUCUGUGAUUUUGUUGUGAUCAAAUGUAGAAAGAUACACAAUACUGUAUCUGUUUGCUUUUUUCUUAUCAGAUAAAUUUUUAGUGUGGUAUUUUUUCUUUAAGAAGGAGUCAACAACAUUAAAUGGAAAUAAAUGUGUGUGUGUGUAUCCGCGUGCGCGCGCGCAUACACACACGUGUCUCCAUCCUAAUAUUUAAAUAGUUAUAUUAGCAUCACUGUUGUAUUUAAGAUUUUACUAUCAGAGGAUACAAAAUUUUGUUCCCAGGUUUUAUUGUAGUACAUGCAUUAUAUAUGCUAAUAGUCUCUUAGUUACUUUCAGCCAGCAAAGCAAACAUUAUAAUGGGGAAAAUUUAUUAUGAGAAAUUGUUGAAAAACAAGUGGAUCCUGGUCUUUGACCCUAUACUCUCUUCUAGCACUCUUUGUAUUUUUCUGGCAGAACAAAGGAAUUGUAAUUCCGGUUUGAACAGCCAGCUAAAUGCCCUCCCCUACCCAUCACAGAUGAUUCCUGUGUAAUAUAGAGACACAUAGCCACCUAUUUGCCACCCCUAUUCCUCUUAACCCUUGGGAUAGGGGAGAAUUGGAUGUCUGACUGGAAUGGUGCUACACUGUGCUGGUUCCCAACUGUUACAAACUAUUACAAGUUAGAAGAAUCUCUGAAACUGCUUUAACUUGCACAGGGGCUUUUGGAUGAGGCUGGUGUACAGCUAUUUUUGUUGCCUCCACACCAAGUUCUGUGCGAAGUGAAGCUUGGUUGAACCUAAGCAUUUAACCCAUGAUCUAUGUUUUAUGGUCACUGAAAAUAAACAAACUAAAAGUACUUUUGAAUCUGGACUCCUAGACAAGAAUUAAAUGCACUGCUGCUUCAGUGCUGAGUCAGAUUACUGAAAAUGUGUACUACAAAUGCCUUUUAUUGUAUUUAUGUAUGUUGCUUAGGUGUAUACAUAUAGGUUGACAUAAUUGAAAACCAUUGUUAAAUGAAUUUUGAUUGUGAAUCAUACAUUUUUAAUAAUGUUUUUCCUCCAUGUGUAGGGUAAGUGGCAAUAAACCUCUGAAGAACCUUUGAAUAUAUUGAUCCAUGCACAGGAGACUGAUCAUUCUGUGAGAAUACUGGAGAAUAUAACUUAAUCUUCUACAGUGUAAUAAGUCUCCAACUGUAACUUACAGUGAUGGCAGCAAAUGUUCAAAGUGGCACUUGCUUCAAGUUAAUAAAAUAAAGUCUUGGAACUAA